AUGCUUGUCAAAUCAUUAACAAGAACUGCUAUUAGAUUCAAUAGUACUGUUGCUAAAACUGCACCAAAGGCUUUAUCUACUGCUUACCUUGGAAAUUUAGAAACUAGAUGGACUAGUUUACCUAAACAAGAUCAAGAAGCUUUAAUAGAAGAAUUAAAAGCUAGAAUGACCUUACCAUGGAAUGAAUUAACUAGUGCUGAAAAGAAGGCUGCUUAUUAUAUUUCUUUUGGUGCUUGGGGUCCAAGAAGACCAAUUUAUGGUCCAGGUGAUAAACAAAAGGUCUUUUGGGGUGUUGUUGGUGGUAUUGUUGCUUCUAUUGUUAUCUUUGCUGGUAUCAAACAAUUAGCUGCUCCAGCUCCUCACACUAUGACUAGAGAAUGGCAAGAAAAGUCUGAUGAAUAUUUGAAAUCUAAGAAUGCUAACCCAUUCACUGGUUAUUCUCAAAUUCAAUAA